CACAGCCCGGUGACAUAAUAAAGAGCCGACAUGUUCUUGGGAGUUUACAUUUUAGUGAUUGCAAACUGGAGGCAGAUGUGUCUCCUAUAGUGCGGCCAAUCCGGCUGUGACCUGGCCAGACAGAACGGUUAUAUGACUCCAUGAGGAUGGAGAAAGACAGGAACCAGAUGACUGAUAGGAUACUGAACAUCACCCUGGAGAUCAUCUACUUGCUGACCGGAGAGGAUUAUGUACCUUCAAAGAAGACUGGUGAUGACGCGGCGCCCAGCAGUAGUCACCCCCCUGUCUCGGAGGGUUCAAGCCGGAGCCAGAGCCCCAGCACAGAAUCUCCAGCUCCCUCCCUGACACCUGAGAGAGAUGACAAGAAGAUUCUACAACUGACCAACAAGAUCAUUGAGCUGCUGACGGGAGAGGUUCCCGUAAGGUGUGAGGAUGUCGCUGUCUACUUAUCCAUGGAGGAGUGGGAAUAUUUUGAAGGACACAAGGAUCUGUACACUGAAGCCAUGAUGAAAGGCCAUCAACCUCGGGCUCCACAGGAUGACUUAAAUCCUAAAGGUUCUGCAGUAUUCCAUCCUACAUUUCAGUCCAUCAGGGGCAUCAGAGGAAUUGUCCCUAGGCCCAUCCCGCGGACAGAAUACCUGACAAUAUAUAACCCAAGUGAGAAGCCAGGAAGAUCCGUGAGCACCGAGUCAGAUGAUUCCUCUUCGUGUGAUGAUGACGAUGACGAGGAUGAGGAUGACUAUGACGAAGAUCUCCACAACGCUGAGCUCUACAUACAGGCUCAGUACACGUCUUCUAAUGCCCAAGCUCCAGAGUCUGACUCAAGCGACGAUGAGGAUGUCAUCUACAUCUCCACAGAACACACUCAAACCAAACGUCCGAUGUUCUAUAGAAGAGAAGAACCAGUCUCUCGCCAAGAAAUGAACCUUCAACACCUCUACAUCCCUCGGGCCCUUGGCUACAGGCCAAACCCGAUCCGGCAACCCCCCAAAACCAUCAUCAACAACGCUCCGAAAAUGAGUGCCAUGCUAAUGAGGCACAACGCGCUCAACCGGGCCAUUCACAUCAAGCCAGCUCCAACCCCAUCACUCCAGGCGAUGCCCAUGCCCCGAAGGCUCUACAACUGUUCCGAAUGUUCCAAGCUCUUCCCUACCAACGCAGAUCUGAUGAGACACCAGAGGCUCCAUAAGAAGAAGAAGCUGACGUGCAACCAGUGUGGCAAAAUCUUCCCAUACAAGUCGCACUUGGUCCGCCACCAGAGCGUCCACACCGGGGAGCGGGCCUUCGUCUGCUCCGAGUGCGGCGAGAACUUCAUCUGUAAGUCGCACCUGGUCACCCACCUGAGGAUCCACACGCGGGAAAAGCCGCUCGUCUGCCAAGACUGCGGCAAGCACUUCUCCUGCAAUUCGGCGCUCAUCACCCACCGCCGAAUCCACACCGGCGAGAAGCCCUUCGUCUGCCCCAUAUGCGGGAAGGCUUUCGCCCAGAGCUCCAACCUCCUUUCCCACCAGAGAGGCCACACCGGCGUUAAGAAAUUCAUCUGCAGAGAGUGCGGCAAGAGCUUCGCACAGAAAAACGACUUGAAUAGACACUUGAAAAUUCAUAGAGGACAAAUCGCAUUUCCACAGAUGUAGACGGAGUAGUUUUUCUUUUCUUUUUUAUUUUUUGUUUAUGUUUUCUUUCGGAAAUAAAAGCUUGUUAACCUUU